ACUGGUGAACUACCUUCCACUCUCAAGAGUUGUGCUAGUUUGAUUAUAUUUGACAUGAGUCGAAAUUUUCUGUCUGGUCCAAUACCCUUAUGGAUUGGAGAAAAUCUACACGAGUUGAAAAUCUUGACCAUGCGACUAAAUCGUUUCACUGGAAGUGUUCCUGUCCAAAUUUGUUAUUUGCGGAAAAUUCAUCUUUUGGAUCUUUCAAUGAACCACUUAUCUGGUGGAAUCCCAUCGUGUCUUAGGAAUUUUACGGCAAUGAUGGAAAGGAACCUAAUUACAAGACAAAUUGAAAGGCAACGAAAAAUUUCAGUUGAAGGGUCUAACUUUGAUAUUUAUGACUUUAACGUGCUUGUCAUGUGGAAAGGUAAUGAUUAUGUGUUUUGGAAUCCUGAUGUUCUUCUAAGUAGCAUUGAUCUCUCAAGUAAUAAUUUGACGGGUGCAAUACCAAACCAGAUUGGAUACUUACUUGGAUUAGUUUCUUUGAAUUUAUCAAGAAACAACUUUGAUGGUGAAAUUCCUUCUGAGAUUGGGAAUUUAAGUUUGCUAGAGUUUCUGGACUUAUCAAGAAAUAAUUUGUCAGGCAGUAUUCCUUCCACUCUUUCAAACAUUGAUCGUCUUGGUGUGUUAGACCUAUCAAAUAAUAAUCUGAGUGGAAGAAUCCCUUGGGGAAGACAGUUACAAACCUUUGAUGCCUCUAGUUUUGAAGGAAAUAAUGAUCUUUGUGGAGAGCAACUCAACAAAAGUUGUCCUGGAGACAAGACACAAAAACCUAAAGAAGCAGCCAUUGAUGGUGAAGAAGAGAAUUCAAUUUUGUAUGGAGGAUUUUACAUGAGCUUGGGAGUAGGAUUCUUUGUAGGCUUCUGGGGCUUGUUAGGGUCAAUACUAAUUUGGCAACCAUGGAGAAUUGCUUAUAUGACAUUCUUGAACAGACUCAUAGACUAUAUACUUCUAAUGGUUGAACUAAACAUAGCCAAUAGAUUGCUCAAAAGAUAACAGCACGAAAUGAAUGUGCAGUUUAUGGGGGAUUAGCUUCACAAUUUCAAUCUGGGAUGAAGGCUUCAUGUGGAUUGCUGGAGGCAUUGGAUAUUUAGUAUUUGAGGUUUAUAAUGUAAUGCAAUAUUUAUGUCUGCUUGAAGAAACAUAUUUAUUUGAUUGUCUUUUCAUGUUGUCAUAUUAUAAUGUAAGAAUUUUCAUUCCAUGUCAACGAUGCUGCCACAUUUGGUUGACGGUACUUUUGUUUUAGUUUCAUUUUAAUAAUAUACUUUGAUAUAUGCAUAUUGCAUGUUCUCUUGCCACA